GGUUCUCCUGCAUCCCGCCCCAUCGGUCUUUUCCUUCUUUCUGCUUUAUUUUUAUCUUUAUCUUUUUCUUGGUCUCUCCAGUACUGUCUUCCUGAUUGUCAAGUUAAGGAACUCUCCCCGGAAUUUGCCAUUUGGCUUGAGUAUAGUCAAUCGCCUCCUUCGCGUUUUCACUCCCUCCCGCGUCCGAGGUGCUCUCGUGGCUUGAACAACAAUUCUUAUCUCUAGAAUUGAAUCUACAUCUACGACCGGACCAUUUGAUGCGUGCUCCCGCCUAGCUGUCCUUUUCUCAUAAACGCUUUCGUCUGUCUCUUCAAUCGCCAUCUCGUUCGCGAAAGAAGCUUUGCACCAUGAAGGUUCACCAUCUAUCUUCGCUUCUCCUCCUCCUCCCCGCACUCUCGGCCGCCGUCGCAGAUUCGACAUCAGCCAGUGAGGGUUUGAAGGAUGCAUCCACCCUCAGCACCGUCGACUUAGAUGCCCUAAUUGCUCCAAAAGCUGCUCCUAAAGGGACGCUGGACGCCCCCGUUGACGGCAAAGAUGGUCGGCCUCACGCCGGUCCAUGGGUGGAAACAAGCGCCGAGCGGGAUCGCAAAAAGUCAGGGUCGAGUGCUUCUGUAGACGAAGUGACUGUUGCCGAUUACAAAGCGACGGAGCAACUUGGGCCUGACGGCAAGCCGAUCCCAUACUCGAAUGAUGGAGUGAUGGAUGACCCGCACCGGACGGGCCCGAAGGAAGGAACUCGAGGAACUGAGGGUGGUGUAACGGAGAAAAUGAGAGAGAAUCCUUUUCCCAGCGAGAAGACGCCGGAUAGUCCCAGGGAGGCUCCACCUUUGCCGCACAGCGAGCAGCAGAAGCUUCCGGCGCAGAAUGAGGCCGCCGAGGUCAAGGAUCCGAAGAGCUUCACUGCCGAUUCGAGUCUCGGUCGACUUGAGAAACCUGCCGAUCUGCCUGAGAAGCCUCAUGACAUCCCACCUCCCAAGUCUCCCGCAACAGUGAAAGAGAGUCCCCUCGGCCUGGACAAAGACGGCCACCUUCAAGCAGAAUCCGGGGAUAUUCAGGAGGAAACUGCGUUUCAUUCGCUGCUAUUCUCGUUCACCAUGAUUGUGGUUUCGGAGAUCGGGGAUAAGACCUUCUUGGUGGCCGCCCUCAUGGCGAUGCGUCACCCUCGUCUGCUCGUUUUCUCCGCCGCGUUCGGCGCGCUGAUGAUCAUGACUGUGCUUUCGGCUAUCUUGGGUCAUGCUGUUCCCUCACUGAUUCCCAAAUCUCUUACUAAGCUUCUGGCGGCAGUAUUGUUCUUCGUGUUCGGGCUCAAGAUGCUGAAGGAAGGCCGCGAGAUGUCCCCCGAUGAGGGUGUCGGAGAGGAAAUGAAGGAAGUUGAGAUGGAACUGGAAGAGAAGGAACAGCAGCAGAUGCGUAUGAACCGUCGUCGCUCUUCUGUGACUCCUCACGCGCUGGAGGCCGGUCGCAUCGGUCGGCGCAAGUCGCGGUCGUCUGGCAAUCGUCUCCCUUCGCCUCCCGAGAGCGUCUCGUCUUCUUCUUCGCGUAGCUCAUCGCCUUCCCCCAACCGCUGGGGCGAUAUCCUUGUCGGGAUGAACAACCUCUUCUCGCUCCUUCUCAGUCCUGCUUGGGUGCAAACCUUUGUGAUGACCUUCCUGGGUGAAUGGGGUGACCGUAGUCAGAUUGCCACGAUCGCAAUGGCUGCGGGUCAGGAUUAUUGGUGGGUGACCAUCGGCGCCAUCACUGGCCACGGCCUCUGCACUGCUGCGGCAGUGAUUGGAGGAAGUGCCAUUGCCGGUAAAGUCAGCAUGCGUGUUGUCACCCUUGGAGGUGCCACUGCGUUCUUGGUGUUCGGCGUCAUCUAUCUCCUCGAGGCGCUCUACUAGAGAUUUCUCUUUUUUUCUUCUCCUUUAGCCUUGCUGCUUAUGAUAUGCUGGGCCAUCUCAUACACAUAUACUUGGUAAUGCAUGCAUGUAUUCUCCUCGGCCUGACUGGCUUUGUUUUAAUAAAAGAUGGUGUGGGUCAGACGCUGCCUGAUCGCAUUUACGGCGUUGAGUUAUGACGAUUGAUACUGAAUACAGCCGAGUUUAGC